AUGCCUCGUCUCCACCUUCUUACCUAUACCCGCGUCGACUACCUUUGCGAUCUCGGCGAGGUCGCUACCGCGCGGCUAGACAAGGAACCAGGUCGCCUUAGCGAGUUUCUUGGACGCCACGGACGCAGGCCUAACGCGGUCGGGCGUGUCGGAGACGCUAAGCAGCACACCGCCCUCCCUAACGGCAGUCCAGCACCCGGCGAGAGAGUCGCCGCUGACGCAGUCGAGCGCUAUAUCACACUACGUCGAGGACGGGUCCUAGGCAGCCUAAUCGGCGACCGACUGCUUAGUGUAGUCGAUAAUAUCUGUAGCGCCGGCCUUGUGCACGUCGUUAACCUUGGAGGGCCUAGACAUAGCGACGAUAGCGCCUGCGCCUGCUGCGGCGGCGAGCUGCACGGCCUAGCUGCCGACGCUGCCGCUCGCCGCUGUGAUAAGUACCCUUACCUUACCGUUGGCUUCACGAACCUUAGCGUCGCCGCCUUAAGUAACGAUAGCCCGUGGGUUGAGCAGGCUGUGCUCAAAGAGCCCCUAAUAGGCGUCGCUGAGGCAGCUACAGCGGUCGGCAUAGUUGCGGAAGUAGACCUUAUCGCCGGGCUUAAAGGGGGACCUAAUAGGGGCCGUGACGACGACGCUAGCGCCCUUAGUGCCGGGGACGCGCUCGCGGUCGGUAGUGAAGGCCUCCGGGAAGUAGCGCUCUUAAGUAAGCCAGCUGAGGCAGGGCGACGUAGCCUUAAUCUGCACAAGCUGCUCUUCGGUGUCGCCUUCCUUAGGCAUAGGGAGGGCCGUCUCGGUGAGGAUAAGGGUGUCGAUCUUAGGUGUGGCCUUUUUGAGGGUGUUAGUGAUGUCUCGCCGUUUGUUGUUCCGCCCGCCUCUACUGGUUGA